AUGAACCAAGAAAUGAAAAAUUGUGUAGUAGUGCUAACAAAUUUUGUUGAUGUAAUUAAUAAAUCUAAACAUGGUAAAAUAACAAGAGGUGCUGUGAAAAGACUCAGUAAAGAUGAUAUUGCUGAUUUUGUUAGACAAUUAAGUAGUGGUAAAUCGAAAAAUGCUAAAUCAAAGAAAGCUCAAGCAAAAAAAGUUGAAUUGAAAAAAGCUCUAAAAAAAGGAGCUCAAUUUAAAGAAUCUUCAUUACAAGAAGUUCAAUUUAAAGAUGCUCAAUCACAAGAAGUUCAUUUAAAAGAUGCUCAAUCAGAAGAAGCCGAAUCAAAAUUUUCUGAGUUAAAAGAAGUUGAAUCAAAAGAAGUUCAUUCAAAAGAAGAUCAAUCACGAGAAGGUGAAUCACAUGAAGUUCAUUCAGAAGAAGAUCAAUCACGAGAAGCUGAAUCAUAUGAAGUUCAUUCAGAAGAAGAUCAAUCUCAAGAAGGUGAAUCACAUGAAGUUCAUUCAGAAGAAGAUCAAUCACGAGAAGCUGAAUCAUAUGAAGUUGAAUCAAAGGAAGUUCAUUCAGAAGAAGAUCAAUCACAAGAAGCUGAAUCACAUGAAGUUCAUUCAGAAGAAGAUCAAUCACGAGAAGGUGAAUCACAUAAAGUUCAUUCAGAAGAAGAUCAAUCACCAGAAGCUCAAGCUGAAUCACAAGAAGUUUCCCAAGAAAUAUAUCCUGUUAUUGACUUAGAAAAUCAAAACAACGAUGAAGAUGCAGAGUUUGAAGUUUAUCAGGAUUUAUUAAGCAAUAUGUGCCAAGUGGACAUUGAAGAUGGACACCCGGAAAUAAACACUGAAGCCACAAAAGAAAACCCAAAUAACAUUUUCAAAUGCACAAAAUGCGAAAAAGUUUACACCAAAAAAAGCUCUUUGUUGAAACAUUCUGCAAACCACGAAAAGAAAAGUUACAAAUGCGAAUUCUGUGAAAAGGUAUUCAUUCUUCCCAAGUCACUAUACGAUCACAUAGAAAAACAUAAAGAGAAAAAAGAUUAUCUUAUAGAUACCUCUAACUAUCUUCAUAAAUGUAAAGUUUGUAAUAAGUCUUUUAAAUUCCUAGCUGGUUUAGGCACUCAUUCUCGAAUACACCAGCAAGGGUUCGAAUGUAAAGUAUGUGAUGAAAAAUUUGUAAAACAUAUACAACUGCAGAAGCAUAUGGAAACCCAUGUCGGCCAGAAGUCAUAUCAAUGUAAAAUUUGUAAAAAAAAUAUUAAGCGAAUGGAAACUCUUUUACAUCAUGUAAAAUCACAUGGAUUGAAGCGAUAUAACUGUAAGAUUUGUGAGAAAAAGUACGUUUAUAAAAGGGAUUUGGAUUGUCACAUGGACAAUCAUUUAAAAGGGAUGACUUGUAGUAUCUGUAAUAAAGAACUUACUACUCAUUAUUUGUUGACAAAGCAUAUGCAGUGGCAUCAACGGAAAGGACAUAAAAUGGUAAAUGAUAAUUGUAAGUCAAAUCGAAUAGGAUCAGGUUCAUAUAAAUGUAAAAGGUGUCCUUACGAAACCUCCAUAAGUUUAGAUUUGUUUAAACAUUUCCUAACAUGCAACCCACAACCUGUGGUUCUUUUACAACGACUCCCUGAUGUAAAACCUGAUAUCAAAUGUUCAACAUGUGACAAGUAUUUGAAACAAAGGAUCUUUUACUCGAACACUUCAAAAUGCACGCGAAACAAUACAAGUGCGAUUGUUGUGAAGCUUUGUUCAGCAAAUUGA